GAUAUAGCAACUACAUGAAAACAGGAAAUAAAACAGGAAUUUUAGAGUUCAUCCUCCUUGGGCUCUCAGAGGACCCAGAACUGCAGCCCCUCCUAUUUGGGCUGUUCUUGUCCAUGUACCUGGUCACCAUGCUCGGGAAUCUGCUCAUCAUCCUAAUCAUCAGCUCAGACUCCCACCUCCACACCCCCAUAUACUUCUUCCUCUCCAACCUGUCCUUGGUUGACAUCUGCUUCAGCACCACCAUAGUCCCCAAUAUGCUGGUGAACAUCCAGACACAGAGCAAAGCCAUCUCCUACAUGAACUGCCUCACUCAGGUGUAUUUUUCCAUGCUGUUUCCUAUCAUAGAUACUCUACUCCUGACUGUGAUGGCCUAUGACCGGUAUGUGGCCAUCUGUCAGCCCCUGUACUACACAGUCAUCAUGAAGCCUCAUCUCUGCAGCCUGCUAGUUUUUAUUACUUGGAUCAUUGGUGUCAUGGCAUCCCUUGUCCAUAUGUCUCUGAUGAUGCAGCUGAGUUUCUGUAGAGAUCGUGAAAUGCCACAUUUCUUCUGUGAACUGACACAGAUCAUCAACCUGGCCUGCUCUGACACCUUCCUGAAUAAUGUAUUGGUAUAUUUUAUGACUAGUGUGCUUGGUGUCCUCCCACUUUUGGGAAUCCUUUUCUCCUACUCAAGAAUUACUUCGACCAUAAGGAAGAUGUCCUCAUCAGGGGGAAAGCAAAAAGCAUUUUCCACCUGUGGGUCUCAUCUCUCAGUUGUUUCUUUAUUUUAUGCAACAGGCAUUGGGGCCUGCUUCACUUCUGCAGUGACUCACUCUUCCCAGAAGGUCUCAGUGGCUUCAGUGAUGUAUACCGUGGUCACCCCCAUGCUGAACCCCUUCAUCUACAGCCUGAGGAACAAGGAUGUGAAGGGGGCCCUGGAAAGACUCCUCAGCAGCGCAUCCUUUUAUCUGUGAUAGAUCCACUGGCCCCAGGACUGAGGAGCUUUGUGAGUGCCAGUGGCAAAAACUUGUAUUCUGUAAUUAGUUCUUACUCUUGAAUCUCUUGAACCAUCUUGUUCUUUCAUCUAGUCCUUAAGGAUUUAUGACUUUGCUCUCUCCUAGUUUUUAACACACUUGUAAACAAUUAAUCUCCCAGUAACUUAUUUGAUGACAUUUUGCCUUAUCUGUUGUCCAAAAGUUAGGUCCUUAUCUUCUUCCUUACCUUUACACUCGUGAGUCCUGAACUUGGAUUUGAAGCAUAUACUGUAUCUUUAUCUCAAAUGUUGGCUUCGAGUGCUUAAACUACUGAUUGUUCACCUUAUUUCUGUGUGCUUGGUUGUGAAUUUGUGUUGUUUGUGUGUGUAUAUCACCAACAGUGUUUUUUAACUGGAUAAAAAUAUGAUUAAAAUACAUAUCAAAAUAUUAUUGAUGUGUUAGUGUUUAUUAUAUGGUAAGCCUGUGAUAACUGUUCUCUACUAUCUUAUGUAAUCUUCCCAAUAGGAAAAAUUAUGUCCCCAUUUUAGAGGUGAUAAAAAUAAGAUUCUCAGAAAGCUAAGAAUAAAACAAAACUUCCCCAGAGUUACAGAGGGGUGAGAGACCAAGCAGUAGAUGCAGGAUUCUAACCUAAACUUUAACCCUGAGCCAUAGUCUUAGAUCUAACACUCUUCACAAUUUUUCAAACAGAUUUUGCUGUAUACAUCUCUAUAGUAGACUUUACUUCUGAUUGACAAUAUUUCUGAUUAUCCUUUCCUUCCUCAUACCCAGGAUAAUUGCAGUUCCUUUCUCCUUGAAGGUAAAGGUGGCAAUAUCUUUUUAUAUGUCCAAUAAAAUAUGAAUGGAACUGAUGUACCCCUUUUAGGCUGUUAUAUUUAAGAGCUGGUACAUUAUUCUUUUUAUUCAGUCUGGCUUUAAUAUUGCUAUUGUGGAAUAGAACAUCAUAAGAUCAAAAUAGUCUAAUAUAUGUAAGACCAGCAAAUACAUGUAGGACUUUCCUGGAUAGUUACUGAAGUCCAUAUAUGAAUGAAUUUUUAAAUAGAAAAUCCCAUAAAUUCUGUUAGUGCCACCAGUUCAUAAUCUCUUUUCAGUGUGAUGUUAGACUCUGUGACAUGACAUGACAAUCACAACCAGAACAAGGGGAGUACUUCCAGCACAGCCAAUUGCUACUUUCAUGUACCCAGAAUUUGCUAGGGGUUUUUUUUUUUUUUGAAGGUCUACUCCUAUCUACUCCUUGGAAUCCUCAGCAUCUCAACCUCUUAAUCCCUCUCUCAUAUCCAACUUUAACCAUUUAAUCAAAUAACCAAAAGCCUCAAGGCUUUACAUAUCAACCAGCAAUAGUGGUGUGUUCAGCAACAAAGAGAGGUCCGAUUAUCACCAGGUUACUUUGUUCAAAGGAUAAAUUAAUAUUCAAAAAUUUUCCAUAUGGCUUAGUGUAGUACAUGUAGUAUAAUUAUAUAUCUAUCUAUAACUAUCUAUCUUUCAUCUAUCUACCUACCUAUCUGGCAUAUAAAAUUUCCCAGGGCUAAGAGAACAGAGAAAGAGGCUGAUGACUCCAUCAUUACAUUAAGAGUUUAUUAAGGGAAUUUACAUAUGAGGCU